ACAUGUUAUGGAAACAUGGCAUCAGCCAAUGAGACCACAUAGUAUGGCUGUACCACCCUCUCAGCUUCAUUGACAAAAUGCUGAAUAGUGGAUAAAGAAAUGUUGCCAAAGAAGUGGAACACAGAAAGAUGUGUACUAGCCUCCAUUCGCUAUAUAAUUAGGUCUACUCCUUUUAAAAUCUUUCAAACAACCUAAAAAAAUAUCUUACGCAUUAAGUAUUGUUGUCCUCAAAACGUGUUGAAAAAGGGACGGAUGUAAAUGAUAUUCGAGCUUUCUAAACGUUAAUAUAAUUGCUAGUUGCUUUCUCUUUUUAAAAUAAUAAAUUUCAGCAGAGUCGGCAAGCAAUACCAGGUUGUUGUGGGUUUUGAAGACCCAAAGAUCUCAAAUUAUCAAAUAUAUAAUUUGUAAAUGGAUAAUUUAUAGUACCUACCAAAAUAAUACAAAUGAAUAAAAUUGCCAAAGAUAUGCUCUUAUGCCAAAAAUAACUAAUACUCCCUCCGUUUUUUAAUAUAAGUCGUUUUAGAGAAACUUUUUUGUUCUAAAUUAUAUGUCGUUUUCGGUUUUUUAUGUAACAUUUAUUAGUAAUUAAUGUUGUCUGACCAAUGAUAAUAUAUCUUCUAUUUUUCUAUUGGUUAAAUUAUGGUUAGGUAAAUAAUUAAUGAUGUUUUUGUUUCAAAAAUAUAAGAAAUUAAUGAUUUUCUUAAUCUAUGUGCAUAGCUUUAAAACGACUUAUAAUAAAAAACGGAGGGAGUAUAUUUAUAAGAAAAUAAAAAUAAUAAGAGCAAAGAUUCCUAGUACAAAUAGGGAUGGCAAUUGGGACCUUAGCCCGCGGGCUAAGCCCGUAAAGUCCCACUGCGGGGCGGGUUUGGGCUUAGAUAUCUUAGGCCCGAGAUAUUGCGGGUCUUGCGGGUUGGUCAAUUUCGGGUAUGGGCCAAUGCGGGGCGGGUCGACGCGGGUUUGCGGGGCAUUCGAGACCCGCGUGUCUUCUUCACCAGAGACGUUUGGUGUUCUGCUAACCGACGAAAAAGGUGAGAAAUGGCGACUGUGGAGGCAAUUCUGAACCUUCUCUUCCACUCGUCGACUAAAGUCACCACUGAGCCUUAUCUUCAUCACCUCUUCCUCGAUCUACCACCAUCUACCAUCUAUACAGAUGUGCUGAGAAGCUUUACUACAAAAUUAGACACACAUGAACCACCACCACACGAGUCAAGCAACAACAAAGAAAUGAGGACAGCAUUUUCACUACCCGCGGGCCGGACCGCAAAGUCCUAUAUAGCAAGCGGGGCGGGUUUGGGUAGAGGUUUGGGAACCGCGGGUUACGGCGGGCUGACCCGCAAAGAUCCGCCAGAGAUAGAGACCGCAGCGGGGCGGGCCACGGCGGGGCGGGUUGUCCCAAUUGCCAUUCCUAAGUACAAACUACUAGCAUUCCCAUAUAAACCGGGGGGGACAAGUACAAGAAAUUUCAGGGACAACCCCGACAUUUCCUUAAAAAUACAUACGAAUGCUUUCAAUUAAAGCAAACAUACAAAACAAUUCCAAGGUUCAGAAAAAAAAAACAAAUUAAAUACUAUAGUAUUUAUAUUCAUACAUGUGGAAUUAAUAAAGUAAAUCA